AUGUCAGACAAGGGCGAAAACGUCAUCCUCCCCAGUAACGCCGUCUUCCUCGUCCACAAGGUCGGCACCUCGAAAGCCGGCCGCGGAACGCAAUGGGAGACGCGCACAAAGGCCAUGCGCGCUGCCCCAGACCCCAAUCCCGUGUUGUCCAUCGCAAACAGCAAGAAUGACGCCGUCAAAACAAAAGGCGACGCUGCCGAAGGAGGAGCAUCGUGGGAGUUUGUCUCCUACACGCCCCGCAACGUCCAUCAACUCCCAAGGAGGCCCAAGGACAAGGAACCCAAGCGGAAGCGACGCGUUCAAAAGGAUAGCAACUCACACAAAAACAAAAACACUUCCCUUGUAUCGGUUAAGCAAGAGCCGAAGCUACUUCGCGACCCCGACCUCUUGCCGCCGGAUCUCCCCGUGGCCCUGGUUGGACAUGCGCUUCUCUACAUCAACUUUUUCUUUCACUCAAUAGCCGCGGGAGCGUACACGCUCCCAUGCCUGCUCUUCAACCCUGCCAAGAGAGACUGGUUCCCCAGGAUGAUGCAGGAUGAAGCCUGGCGAUGCAUCAUCUUGUCUCUCUCCGCCAGCACACUCGCCUCCAUGACGGGUUCCUCUUCCAACUACGUAGACUCUCACGCUCUCCUCGACGAAGCGCUGCGGCAGCUCAAGAGCCGGGUCGCGUCCGGUGCCCUUCCAUCCGACCAGACCCUGGGGGCGAUCUCGUGUCUAUCCAUGUGGAAUAAUGAGCAAGGAAACCACGAAAAAGCGUGGAUUCACGCCAAAGGCCUCGCAGAACUCGUCAAGCUACGGGGAGGCUUUUCCAAGAUCAGCGACGGCAUGAGAUCCAAAGUAUAUCGAGGUGUCUUUGACAUUGCGGUCAACAGUGAUAGGCCUCCUCUUUUAGAUGACGGUCUGCGAGGCUAUCCGAGCGGCGCAAUAGUCUCCGAAGACGGCUCAGCAGCGGAUGACUCCGAGUUGGAUACCUCCGAGUGCCGGAUUCCGCUGCGUCUGUCCAGCAUGUUCGAUGAUGUCGUACAGUUCAGUUCCACCGUUGACGAUGCCAUGACUCGGAACAUCAAGCUGGACACAAAUUAUCUUUACCAGCUUGUCUUUGGGCUGUACAAUCGUCUCCUGAGCUGCCAAUCCGACGACAUGAGUGGCUGCGACAACAGCCUUCGCAUCUGCCUCAUCCUAUACAUCAAAUCCAUCGUCUCUCACGACAAUCUAAACACAACAUCGACGCACUUGGUCAGAAAGCUUCAGGCUUCUAUCCAAGACUGUCUGGACGCCCACUCUUCAACGCCACUGACCAGAUGGAAGCUAUUUGUCGGCGGCCUUGCCGCCACGGAGGGAACUACUGAAAAGCAGUGGUUCCUUCAAAAACUGGCCGAUACCACGGCAGAAAAGACCUUGGAAGGCGAAGAUGGCUGGGAAUCGCUACAGGCGGAGCUGGGCAGCAUCGUAUGGUCAAGGCCAAUCAAUGAGGGGGCCGGACAUAGACUGUGGCUUCAGAUUGUGGAAACUCGGUCUCAGUGA